CUCAGCUGCAGCUGGAGCUUAUCUUGGUGCAGAAUAAACAAAAAAGGACAGGCAAGCGUUUGUGAAUUCUGGCAUUGUCGAGAUCGCUGACCAAGAAAUUUCCAUUCACGCUGAAAAAUGAACGUUUCGCUCAUAGGCAAAAUAAAAAGAGGUAUUAAGGAAAUUUGCUCGGCAACGAGCAAUAAUUCAUUUCCAGCCGUUGUCGACAAUCCAUGUUGGGGUCUGCCGAGCCAAUGUUCCUUGUCUGACUUGCUGCGAUGCUUUGAAAAGGAUAAAGUGGUCGUGUACGAAACUGAUCAUUUUCUAGCCUUGAACAAGCCACCGGAUCUUCGAAUGGAUGGACACCACCCUUCGACGGUACUCAAGCUCCUAACCUAUUGGUAUCCUCCUCCUGCCUUCCAAAAUCUUCAGAGUAAGGGACUUCUGGAAAAGGUUAGCGAGUUUGAAAACUACAGGAAUAUUGAAGGCAAUGAGCUUAGACCCUGUCACCAAUUGGAUUACGCAACGUCAGGCAUCCUUCUCGUCGCUCGGAAUCGGCAAGCAGCGGAUCAAGCUCGAGUUUCAUUUGAAGAGCGGUCCACUCGAAAAACUUAUUUGGCACUCGUCCACGGCCACCUAUCGGUACCAAGCAAUAUUCCGGUCAUGAGGAGAACGGACAUUGAUGAGCGAAUGGGUCGGCUGGAGGAAAUAUACCGACAGAGUCGUCGCAAACACCGGAAGGACACAUAUAGAGGAUAUCAGCCUGCCCAUGGCUUGUUUCAGCAGCUCCAGCAACAGCACAACCAUAUCCUUAAUUUAAGUUGGAAGGAGGUGAAGGCGUCCGGAAAAACUGAACCUUUUGAUCGCGCAGCAGAAGUAUUCAACAAACUUCAAUACAAAACGUUGUUCCCCGAGGAUAAAAGUGCCGAGUUGUCGCUCCCGACUUUCUUUCGCGAUGAAAGUGAGGACCCAAACACACUCUUCAUUUAUGCUUCUGUCGCACAGGUUCCUCACGAUUUUGCCAUGCGAAUAAAUCCAAGCAUGUCGAAUGCCUCUGCAUAUUUGAAGGUUGGGGAUUCAUCCCUGGACUACAAGCCGUCUCUCACACGAUGCGUGAUUCUUAAGCAUGCUGCCAUUAGAGGGCAACCGGUUACAAAAGUUCGUCUUGAGCCUCGAACUGGGCGACGUCAUCAGCUACGAGUACAUUCCGCAUUGUUAGGGCACGCCAUAGUUGGAGAUCAAACCUACAAAGCCCCAGGCUCUCCCGACCUAACGGAUCGCAUGUGUUUGCAUUCUCAAUGUCUCGAAAUUCCACUUUUUGAGGAGUUAAUCAAAGUCGAAGCACCAGAUCCCUUCCUUGUAAAGAACCGUGAGAUAUUGGUACAGCAUCUAUGA